GAAGAGAACAGAGCAGAUGAGCGAAAUUUUAGUUAGCAGAAAAAUGUAAACAAACAUGAUAAUAACGAAACUUCUUAGUAAAAAGUAUAAUUUUAAUGAAAUAAAGCACGUAAAUUGCAAUAAUUUUAACUUUAGAAGCUUAAAAUAUUGUUAUCAAUAAAUCCUUGAAAAAUUAUGAUUUCUCUGUUAAGUUUUCCUUGUUCCCUAUAGAAUACCGCAUAUAGGAAAACUUAGAUAAGUAAUUCACAAUGGCUGGCGUUAGUAAUAAAGAAUUUUAUUUUAACGCUGUUCAAUUAUUAGCUCGAUCACUUGCAAGUUUAAAACCUUCACCAUGGGAAAAGGUUAAUCAUCUAAUGUCUAUGUGCCCUCAAGAAUCUGCUCAGGGAAUUUAUAAGUUUGACCAGAGAGGUCAAGAUGCAGUAUUUAGUCUUGGAAUUUAUUUUUUGCAAUCUGGAUGUCAGUAUCAAGAUGCUAUUGUUCCAUAUUUUAUGAAGCUUCUCAGAGGCUUAGCUAAAGCAAUUUGGGUUGAUGAAGCACGGAUUCAUGAUACAGAUAGAAUUCCUGUUAGUGAGAGAUUUGCUUUUUGCAUUAACACUCUGCUAUCAGAUAUCGCAUGUCUUUGCGAAGACAUACGAGAUGAGAUUAUUGCUGCACAAGUUGAUUUGCUGGGCACUUUAGCUAACCUUUGCAGGAACUUUAAGGAAAAAGAAUCUACUUUUGCUGCAAAAAUUACACUUUGCAAGUCAGUAGUACCUGUACUGAUUGGAACAGCCAGAGCUAUGGGAAGGGGCAGUAAAUCCGGCCCACCCUUCUUCCUUCGUCUUUUUCCUGCUCCCUCAGCAACGACACCCACGUCACCCGAUUCGCCUAAAUCGUCCCUCUAUGGUUUUCCUCCAAAUUGCUCUAAGCAGCGCACUUUCCACAACUUCAGGCCGAUACUGCAUCGGUCCAUGUCCGCCGUGUCCAGGAAUGCAUCCAGCACCGCCUUGACCAGCCAGGAUUCUGGAGCUGAUUUGAAUAGUUUUGUGAGUAGCAGUGGAUUUUCAAGCAAAAGAGCUUCUUUGUACAGCCAGUCUUCCCUGACCUAUGACCCAACAAGCUAUUACUUCUACAAGUUUGGAUCCAGUUUUGGCAAGCUGCCUGCUUUGGGAAUGAUGAAUGAUGAAGAACACCCACUACUCUUUACUGUGGCUCAUCUUCAAGUAGUGUUAGCCAUGGCUAAGAAGUUACUUACUACCGAUAUGCUGAGCUUUUUGGACUGUCAGGCCAAUGAAGUAUACUCGUCUGGCCAGUUGAAGAUAUUCCCCUAUAAAAGUUUUAGUGAGACAUUAAAUUUAGUUCUUGUCUGUUUAUUACGAGAACUACUUCAACCUCAGACAAAUCUUCCUCCACCAUUUACAAAAGAUGUGCAAGAAUUUGUAAAAGGCUUGUUUUUAUCUGGACAAACAGAGCUUCAAACUAGGCAGCAUGAUGCCAGUGAAAGAGAAGACAAGGAAUCAAAUUUUACAGUUGUCAACAGGUUCAAAGUGAAUGUACAAACAAAUGCUGCUUGUGUGGAUCUCCUAGUCUGGGCAAUAGCUGAUGAUAUAGGGGCUGAUAGUCUGUGUAUGCGUCUUCAAGAAAAAAUCCAUUCCUCUCAUUCUGCUAAAAUAGCUCUAGCCCAUAUGCCAUUGUUAAUGGUUUGUUUGGAAGGAUUAGGACAGUUAGCAGAAAAGUUUCCCAGCAUAUCUCACACCUGUAUAGAUGCUCUUCGUGAUUUUCUGGUGAACCCUUCCCCAAUACUGUUGAGACUUAACAAGCAGUCAGAUCAUCAUGUUCGAACUGCAAACCUAAAUAUUAUGGUUACCUCAGAUGCACCUACCACUGUUUAUGCCGCAACUACUACCAGCUCUGGAACUGCAUUUGAGAACUUAAGAGACACUGCAAUUGAAAACUUAUGCAGAGCUCUUAAUGCUGGAUUAAAAAAUGACGCCCACUGUGUCCAGGCAUUUCUAGCAUCUGUGUCCAAUAGACUGUAUCAAGCUGAAAAGAGUGACAUGGAGUCCACGCUGGUGUCAACCAACACAAUUGUUGCUCUUGGACACGUAGCCGUGGCAUUGAAAAGCACUCCUCGCACCAUGGAAUCCAUUCUGCAGUUCUUCCAGCAGAGGUUUUGUCAGCCACCUUCUAGGUUAGACUCUCUCAUUGUGGAUCAGCUAGGCUGCAUGGUCAUAGCCAAAGGAGACCUUCACGUUCAUGAAGAAGUGAUGAAAAUGUUCACCAUGAUCACUGUAGAAUCAAGUUCUGCCUAUAAUGUUGGAAGCGUUGAUAGUAGGAAGCAGGGCUACAGGCAUGUAUCAUUGUCAGUGAUUAAUGCAUUGGCUAAUAUAGCAGCUGAUCUAGAAGGGGAGGCUGAACAGAAUGAGCUACUUGUGCGCUUGCUCGAACUCUUUGUUCAGCUGGGCUUAGAAGGAAAGAGAGCCAGUGAGCGAGCACCUGCUGCUUUCAAGGCAUCAAGCAGUGCUGGAAACUUAGGUGUACUUAUUCCAGUAAUAUCUGUUCUCCUUCGACGUUUACCACCCAUUUCCAGUCCAAAACCUAGGCUAUUGAAAUUGUCCCGUGACUUUUGGUUGUACUGUGUCGUCAUGGGUUUCACAUCUGAAACAGGUCUAUGGCCUCAAGAAUGGUUUGAGCAACUAAAAGAAAUAGCUGCUAAAUCUCCACUCUUGGUAUCCAGGGAGCACUUGAGAUCUGAACUUCAGUACAAUUCCGCUAUAAGAAGUGAUACUGUUUCAGUGGCUGAGUUGCAAGAAUUGAGGAAUCAAAUCUUGGCUUUACUCGACCACCAAGCUGAUGUGACUCCUUUGAUUAACAAAUUGAAUUUUGCACAAUGCACCUACUUACUGUCUGUUUAUCACUUGGAGACUCUUAGGGUUCGUCAUGUUCAAGAGAAGACUCCUUUCCACUGCAUGAUUCAGUAUCUCGAAGAUACUACCAUUCAGAAAGACAAGGCUGGAAUGUGGCAAUGCAUUUUAGCUGUGUCUGAUAAAGUAUUUCAAACAUACUUGGAGGUCAUGUCAGCAAAGUCACGUAAUGAACAUCGUGAUGAUGAGUUGGAAGAGCAUGCAACGUUUCUUUUAGUCAAAUUUAAUCAUCCACAAAAACAAAUCAGGCGUGUAGCUGAUCGUCAUCUUUCCAUGCUUGUUGAUAGAUUUCCUCACUUAUUAUGGAGUGGCCGCGUAUUGUGGACAAUGCUCGAUAUCUUGCAUAUUUUAUCUUUAUCCUUAAAAUGGGAUUCAAAUGAGGAUAAUCCUGAGUUGACUGUUCCUAGAACAUCUCAUAAGUUGACUUUGACUGAUACUUUGGAAAUAAGAGAGAAUAUUGUCAAUGAUUUUGCUGCCCGAAGUCAGGGUAUUUUACAAGAAGCUGUUAAGUGGGCACCCACUGUUACACGAUCUCAUUUAGUGGGAUAUCUUUCUGUUUGUCAACAUGCCAAUGAAGGUUUAAAACAUCAUAGUGGUUUAGCAAUGGCCGUAGAGAGUGUGCUUAACUUCUCUGGCCCCAAUGCAGUCUCUGCACCCUUAUCAAAUACAACACUUGAUAAAUGGCCUCCUUGUGUCAAAAACAACUACUCUGAAUCUGUCGCAUCACUACAUAUAAGAUGCCAUUUUGCUGGACAGAUUGUAGGAUUAUUAUCUGCUGGGGAUGGUUCGACAGAGUUUGUAGAGGGCAUAACCAAUAAACUCUUGAGUGAUUUGGCCAAAACAUGGGAAAACAAAGAUUCUGAAAGCCAUGAUAAAUGCUUGAAUCGUGUGUGUGCUCUGCUAAUUGCCACAAAAGAGAUUGAUCGUCGUCUCCUUCACGCCCUCUGCUGGUCUCCCGUGGAAUUAUUUACAGACGAAGCAAUGAGGUGUGCUAUUUCAUGUUGGCAGUGGCUUCUAGCUGACAGAUCUGACAUGGAACUACAAUUUCUUCAGGAGAUGUCAGCCGCUUGGCAAAUGACCAUUGAUCGUCAAAUUGGACUUUUUGCAGAGGAUCCAGAACAAGUGGAUCCCUUAGCCGCUCACGAAGGCUGUGAAUUGAAGCCAAAUGGUCCUUUCAUUGGUCCACAUUCUUUGUGGGUGAAGUUUUUAUCUGAGAGACUUGAAGUUGCCAAGUACUGCAACAUGAAUGAAGUUGAAAUAUUUGCAAACAUCUUGCAUCACUCUUUGCCAGUGACGGUGGGUCGUCAGAAUUACAACCAUCGCCAUAUUGCUUCCAUGAGUACCCGGUUCAGACUCUUAUCUUGUGGCUUGUCCUUAUUGCAAGGCGACAUAUUACCCCGAACUGUGUGCAAAAAUGUUCUUCGUGAAAGAAUAUACACGGCUGCAUUAGACCAUUUUUGCGCUCCGCCAAUGUGUCCUACACAGAAAGGUCCUGAAUUGAGAGAUGAUAUUACAAUUUUAAUAAAGUUUUGGAAUAAUUUAUAUACAGAUAAAAAAUAUUUGAAAGCAUCCAUGAUGGGUGAUUUGAGUGAUGGGUCCGGGAGUCAAAAUCUUUCAUUGAGCCUGAGUUCAGAUUUACGAAGCAGCACUGAUUUGUCACAGACAAGAGCACCCCCAACUGGGUGGAUGAACACCAUGCCACUCAGCAGUAACAUGUCAACCAUAUCACGCCGGUCAUCAGGGGGAAGGUCCGGGCGUCGAGAAAAUCACUCUGAUAGUUUCAUCAAAGGUUAUGUUAAGAAAAGAAAUCUUAUUUUAGGACUUUUAGCCGUAGACAUUGAGUUUCUUAUUACGUGGAACAACCCUAUGUCUUUGCAAGAGAAUAGUUUCCCUGAAGAAGACAUGAUCUCUUCUUGGAAGUCUCAACAGAUAUCCGAGAAAACGUGGAGGGAAACUGCCCGAUUGUCCUGGGAAAUAUCACCUGCUCUAGCUGUUUAUUUACCCUGCAGGUUUACUAAUUCAGAAGUCUUGGUGGCUGAAAUUUCAAGAUUAGUUCAAUGUAAUCCAGCCAGCGUCUCGUACAUACCAGAGGCAUUACAGUACUUAACUACAUCAGAAAGCAUCAUUAAUGAUUCGUCAGAGCUUACACAUGUGUUAACAUGGGCUAGAGUUCCUCCAAUCAAAGCACUGGCUUAUUUUUCACGGCAGUUUCCUCGCCACCCUCUCACUGCUCAAUAUGCGGUUCGAGUCCUCUCUUCAUUCCCCCCUGAUGUGAUACUAUUUUACAUUCCACAACUUGUUCAAGCAGUGAGACAUGACAGUAUGGGCUAUGUGACAGAAUUUAUUAAAAGUGCUUGCAAACAUUCCCAACUACUGGCUCAUCAGUUAAUUUGGAAUAUGAAAACAAACAUGUACUUAGAUGAAGAGGCUGUGCAACAAGACCCUGUAAUGUUUGAACCUUUGGAAAACAUAAUGAAUCACAUAAUUGGUUCUCUGUCUGGUCCUGCGAAACUGUUCUACGAGAGGGAAUUUGACUUUUUUGGUAAAGUGACUGCCAUUUCGGGGGAAAUAAGACCUUACCCUAAAGGACCUCAACGUAAGCAAGCCUGUUUGGAUGCCCUGGCCAAAAUAAAAGUUCAACCCGGUUGUUAUCUACCUUCUAAUCCAGAAGCAGUUGUCUUGGAUAUUGACUUUAAAUCUGGAACACCCAUGCAAAGUGCAGCGAAAGCACCCUAUUUAGCAAGAUUCAAGGUGAGGCACUGUGGUAUCCAUGAAAUGGAAAAUAAAGUGAUGAGUAUUGGAAAAGAAGAAGAUGAGAAUUCCAAAAAAGAAAGUGGUAAAGAGUAUUGGCAAGCGGCCAUUUUCAAAGUGGGAGAUGAUGUCAGACAAGAUAUGCUAGCCUUGCAGGUGAUUGCACUUUUUCAAAAUAUCUUCAAACAAGUUGGAUUGGAUUUAUUUUUAUUCCCUUACAGAGUUGUUGCCACAUCUCCAGGGUGUGGUGUUAUUGAAUGUGUUCCCAAUGCAAAAUCAAGGGAUCAGUUAGGAAGGCAGACAGAUAUUGGAUUGUAUGAAUACUUCAUUAAACAUUAUGGUGAUGAAAAUUCAAAAGCUUUUCAGACGGCUCGUAGAAAUUUUGUAAAGAGUAUGGCAGCCUAUAGCGUUAUUGGAUUUCUUUUACAAAUUAAAGAUAGGCAUAAUGGCAACAUCAUGGUCGACACUGAUGGUCACAUCAUUCAUAUCGACUUUGGAUUUAUGUUUGAAAGUUCUCCUGGUGGAAAUCUUGGAUUUGAACCUGACAUAAAAUUGACAGAUGAAAUGGUCAUGAUUAUGGGUGGAAAAAUGGAGGCACAACCAUUUCGAUGGUUUAUGGAAUUGUGUGUGCAAGCUUUUCUAGCUGUCAGGCCUUACAGAGAAGCUGUCAUAUCUUUGGUAACGUUGAUGUUAGAUACUGGAUUGCCCUGCUUCAGGGGCCAGACUGUGAAACAGCUUCGAGCUCGUUUUGCCCCGAAUGCCAGUGAGAAGGAGGCAGCAGCCUUCAUGCUAAAAAUAAUCAGAGACUCUUGUUUGAAUUUCCGCACCAGGACCUAUGAUAUGAUACAAUACUAUCAGAACCAGAUACCUUACUAAUGUAUCAAUCAUUUGUUGAUGUUUAGUCUCAUUUAAAUUAUAUACUUAAAUAUAUGUAAAUUUGUUAGUUUAUAUUUUGUUGAUCUUGUAUUAUAGUUUAUGAAAAAGACUGAAAUAAACAUAUUAUAUAUGUGUUAA